GUCAUUGGGCAGGAAGUGAGUGAGCCGGAAGAGCAGCAGCUAUUAGUGUCCCAAGGAGACUGUUCGUGCCCUGGCGGAGGUGCAGUGGAUAGUGCGGGGCUGAUACAGUCUAUACAAGUCGUGCUGCGGCUGCAACUGUGACACACGAGAGAGCCGCUCCUGCUAGGAUUAUGUCCGUGGCCUUGACUAGGAUCUGCUUCGCCCAUAGAAAACACGCUUUGAGGCUCAUUUGCCGAGAACCGCCGGGUCGAUGGUCCCUCCCCAUUGUAGCCUCUCAGGGUCGCGACCUCCACACCUCCUUAGCGGCGUCUGCCGGUCAUAACAAGUGGUCGAAAGUAAAACAUAUUAAGGGCCCCAAGGAUGAAGCAAGGGCCCGGAUAUUUGCCAAACUCUCCAUGAUGAUGAAAGUAGCAGUGAGAGAAGGAGGACCUAACCCAGACCUGAACAGCACCUUAUACCAACUCAUUGAGCAGUGUCGGGAGAGGAACAUGCCAAAGGCUUCCAUAGAGGCGGCUAUCAAAGGAGCGGAUAAAGCUAAACCAUCUUCCUGUGUAUUGUACGAGGGACGGGGGCCUGGGGGAGCUUCUUUGCUCAUAGAGCUUCUAACUGACAACAACAGUCGCACCUAUGCAGAAGUCAAGCUUUUGAUGGGCAAAAAUAGCGGGGUGAUGUGUGAUGGAGCCCGGCACAGUUUUGAUAAGAAGGGGGUGGUGACUGUGCGGAGUCAUGACCGAGACGGAAGUCGUGUCCCUCUAGAGAAGGCCCUAGAGCUAGCGAUUGAGGCUGGAGCAGAAGAUGUACAGGAAGCACAGGAUGAGGAGGAUAAGGACGUAUAUAAGUAUAUAUGUGACAUACCAUCCCUGAGAGAGGUGCGCUCCAGUUUGUCCUCCUUUGGAUUGGUGCCGAUAUCUUCUGGGGCGGAGUUUUGCCCGAAAACCACAGUGCAGCUCUCAGACACGGACAUGGAACAGGCGUCUCAUCUCUUGGAUUUACUAAACAACCACCCGGAGGUUAUUCGUGUCUACGAUAACAUUGAGUAAAUAAAUAGGACAUCCUAAAAACAAGGCACUGCUCAUCAUGGAUCAUAUAAUAUAUACAAUGGAAUCAGAAGAUAUCAGAACAACGUCGUAGAGGAAAGUGGAACCAGUGCUGCUAUUGUUACACUUUCCAAACUUCCAUGAACAUUAAAUAGGAGAUCUUUCUAGUACCAGAUAUUUAUUGGAUUUUAUUUAAAAAAAAAAAAAAAAACCUUGGUUUUACAAGGAAAAUUGGGGCUGGAUAAGCAUCUCCUGAGCAAGAUUCAGUAUGUAUAUUUUCAUGCAGAUUAAUGCAAUGAGAGGUUUCAGGCACAGAUUUUAUAGGUGCAUCAUUACACAAUUAUUAUUAUUUAUUGUGCCUUUUUAAAAAACACAGAAAAGUUCACCUGACCAGCCUUAAAAACCAUUGCACAAAUGUAUAAUAAAAAUUGGAAUAGGCUA